AUGGCUACCCAUCAGUUGUAUGUGUAUACAUACAUGGAAAGACAUCUGGAUGUCUUUGUCCAUGAUGCCCAAAAAACUCAUGCAUUCAUUCAACAAAUAUUUUCUACACCAGAUAUUGUUCUAGGUGUUGAGGAUCAUAACAGUGGACAAAGCAAACUGAAAAAAAGAGUUUCAUUAGAACCUUGGAACCUUAUGCAGUACGCUUUUGGAGGCAAGAAAUCAUACCCUCGCCACAUGUCUCAGAGACUGUGUCCAGCAGAGAUGAUUAUUCCAAAUACAGGGCCAGACACCUUCUCAUGUAAAACACCAGAGGAAAAUGCCUGCAAGGUCUCCAGGUUCCUUAUUAAAGAGAGUUCCUCAAUUAUAAUUCAGCAACAGUUGAAGGAGAACAAUUUUAAGGGUAUUACUGCCUUUCCUGUAAGUGAAGAUCUAAUGGAAUGGGGAGCCGAUAUUGAAGGUCUACAAAAUACAUUUUGGCAUGGAUUAUUCUUCCAACUGAAAAUAAACUUUACGUCACAAUACAAUUUUGUCCCUCCAGUUGUGAAAUUCCUAACAAUUCCUUUUCAUCCAAGUGUAGACCAAAAUACUGGUCGGGCUUGUAUAGAUAUUUUGGAUGACCCCGAUAAGUGGAAUACAAGCUAUACCUUGAGCAGCAUCUUACUUACCCUCCAGGUUAUGCUUUCUAAUCCAGUGCUAGAAAAUCCAGUGAAUUUGGAAGCAGCCCAAAUGCUGAUUAAAGAUGAAUCUCUGUACAAACAAGAAGUUCUAAGACUUUUCAACCAACCAACACAAUUGAGAAAUAACACCCCUGAGUUUCCUAAAGAUCCAGAUAAACUUAUCAGAUCAACUAAAGCAAUAUCAUUUAAUGAUUACUACAAGACAUGGUCCGGAAUAGCAACAUCAAAAGCCACAGAAUACUAUGGAAGUCCAUGUAAGGUGGUCUAG